AAGACGAAACGAAAAGAGACAGAAGUAGAAAGGCACUGACGAAGCUGGGGACAUAUUAAAAAAAGGGAUUAUUUUAAGAGGUGCCAUAAAGGGCAAAGGCAACCACAAAAAGUAGAAAAUGCAGUGGCACUGGCACCAUGGCUCCAGCUUCUUCGGCAUCUUUAUCUCCUCCUCUUCAUUCUCCCCGUCAAUCCCCUCACUUCACACCUAUUCAAGAAUUUGAAAGAGAAGAGCACGAAGAAGAUGUAUAUAGCGAGGCGCAAGUCCAGAGCAGAGGGAGACCUAGCGGUUUUACGGACAAGGGAGUAAUUACUCCAAAGAACCAUCCGACGCCACUCAACGAGACUCACAAAAGUGCCAAACCCAAUGAAAAGAAAAGCUCCGAGUCUGAUACAACAGAAAGCGGAGAGGACGAUUCCGUAUUGUGCAACAAGUGCCGCCCACAUGCACGCGAGAAGAUCUCAGUGGUUCCACUGAACAACAGUGGUCCCAACAAGCAUAGCACUCUGUCGUUUGGGAGUCCAAAUGGCGUAUUCAAGGCCAUCUUUUCAUCGUUAAUGAGAAAGAGCCCGAGGUCAAAGGAGGCGUUGACGACGGACAGAGAGGAGCAGUGGAAGAUUGCGGUGGCUGAGCUCUCGCACAAGCUGCUUCAGGCUACGAGAAAGAGAGACGAAGCUCUUCUUGAAGCUUCAAGGCUUAAGUGCUCCAUGGCCGAGCUAGAGAAGAAGCUCAGCAAGCUCGAGGUCUAUUGUUAUAACUUGAAGUCUGGGCUCGAAGAGGGCAACACCAACUCGCUCUAUCAAAUUGGAAAGAGCAACAGUAAUCAGCUGGUGAACCAUCAUGGCUCACUGGGCCACAAUGAUAAAGUGAUUGAGGAUUUUCUGGUUUCGGUUUCGGAAGCUCGGUCUUCGGUUCGGCUGUUAUGCCGCUCGCUCACUACGCAAUUCAGGCAAAUGGGAAGCAUAGUAUACGAAAGACUUUCGGUUCUUCUCCACCCUUAUAAUAUAAAGGUUUCGCUCUCUAAGAACCCAAGAAGCUUGCUUUUCUACCUUGAGGCUUUGCUGAACAAAGCUUUCUACGAGGACUUCGAAUAUGUUGGGUUUCAAAAGAACGCCUCGAAUCAAAUAUUGAGCCCAACUGAUCGGUGCGAGGCGAGUUUUGAGUCCUUCAAAUUGCUUCAGGGGUUGACAUGGGAGGAGGUAUUGAACAAGGGGACAAGGCAUUUCAGUGAAGAGUUUAGCAGGUUUUGUGACAGAAAAAUGAGUGAAAUUGUAGCAAUGUUGGGAUGGAACAGAACAUGGCCGGAGCCAUUGUUGCAGGCCUUCUUUUUUGCUUCCAAGAGUGUGUGGUUGGUGCACCUCUUGGCCACCUCGGUGCACCCGAGCUUGCCUAUAUUUAGGGUGGAUAAAGGGGUGGGGUUUGAUGGGGUUUACAUGGAGGACAUGGGUGGAGAUAUGACAAGGACGUUGGUUCCGUCUGUAGUUCGGAUCAUGGUUUCACCUGGGUUCUAUGUCUACGGUAGCGUGGUUAAAUGCAAGGUGCUAUGCGUGUACAACAACUGCAGCAACAACAACAUUCAGUAAUGUUCGAGGCAAGGGCUUUCUCAUCAGCCAUCUCCUUGGGGAACUUUUAAUUAUAUGAUUUAGAAUCAAACAUUUUGGUUCGUUUGUAGUACUUUUGUUUGCUUGUCUAUCUUGGGAUGGUCAAGAUGGUAAUCUUGAGUUGGUUUUUGCUAGCUGGAUAUCUGUUUGCAAAGGUAAUCAAGUUAGUUCGUUUGUAAUAUUAUCUUCCUACUGCAAAAUAGAUAAUUUCACGUUAGUCCCGCAUGAAACUUGAUGCAGUCUCGCCACUCUGUAAGUUGUUAGGAAAAUAAGAGCUUUGGCGGAGUUAAACUUCCUCUGCAUCACUUUAUCAUUAUCA